UUUUGACAUUAAAGAUACAUUGCAGAAUUUUCGUCUCAAGUAGUAUUGAUUAUUGCAAGUAUUUGAAGCAAGAACAAAGGAGACACCUAUUAUGAAACGGGUUUACGUUUACAGGAACAAAGCACAAGAAAAUGGAAAAGUUGUGGCCGUGGAAAACUCGAUUGAAGCUUUAAAACUGGAAAUAUCUAAACAGUUCGCUGGGUGUUCGGAGAACUUACGUUUGUAUUCUUCAAAUGGCUGUGAAAUUGAUGAUGUCAGAGUGAUUAGAGACGAAGACAAGGUGUAUUUAAGUAUUGAAGAUGAGGCGGCAGCAAGAAGUUGUGAUAGUACCGUAAAUUCUGCUGGGGAAUUGAGCAUAGGUGAUAAGGCGAAAGAGGGGACUCCUGUGUCGGAUUGGAUUACUCUGAACGUUGGUGGCAAGCAUUUUACGACUUCUAGAGCCACAUUGCUAGCUAAAGAACCUCUUUCGAUGCUGGCACGAAUGUUUGCUAACGACAAUAAUGUGUACUUAAUGACACCAAGUGCUACUGAUUCUGUUGGCGCUUACCUGAUAGACAGAAGCCCGGAAUACUUUGAGCCCAUUCUGAAUUAUUUGAGGCAUGGGGAUGUGAUAUUAGAUAAGAAUGUUAACCCAAAGGGUGUGAUGGAAGAGGCUGUAUUUUAUGGUAUAGACUCAAUGAUUCCUCAGUUAAAGCUUCUGAUUGAAGAAUCAAGAAGCAGCUGUGGUAUCAACCAAGCGUUGACUCGGAUGGAUGUGGUGCGGUCGAUAAUAAAGACACAACCGACUUGGGAGCUGAGGUUCCAAGGUGUCAACCUGUCUGGUGCUGACCUCAAUAGGUUGGACCUUAGGUAUAUUAAUUUUAAGUAUGCUUGCCUCUCCCGAUGCAACCUGACUGGUGCCAAUCUAUCUCACUGCUGUCUGGAACGUGCAGACUUGUCUCACGCGAACCUGGAAGGAGCACAGCUGUUGGGAGUGAAAGCGCUAUGUGCCAACAUGGAAGGUGCCAAUUUAAAAGGUUGUAACAUGGAAGAUCCAGUUGGAUCUAGAGCUGUGAUGGAAGGUGUCAAUUUAAAAGGUGCGAAUUUAGAGGGUAGCAACAUGGCGGGCGUCAACUUGCGUGUGGCAACACUCAAGAACGCCAACCUACAAAACUGUGAUCUCAGGGCCGCCGUCCUCGCUGGGGCUGAUUUGGAGUGUUGUGAUUUAUCGGGCAGUGAUCUUCAUGAAGCAAACCUUCGUGGUGCCAAUCUAAAAGACGCGGCGUUCGAGCUCAUGCUCACUCCGCUGCACAUGUCCCAAACUAUCAGAUAAUUUAUCAUUAUUUAUUUUAUGCAUUUAAUAAAAUCUUUAUGUUGA